CCCAGGGGUGCCCAUAUGCCCGUCAGCCCCUGGGCUGUGCCCGGCCUCCCGCACCGGGACGCACCCCCGCUCCGCUCCCCCCGUAUCCAGACCCCUCCCGGGACCCCCGUGCCCAGCUCCUCCCGGCACCCCCGUAGCCGGGGGUGCUCCCGGCUCCCCCCGUGCCCCGCUGCUCCCGCUCCCGGGGCGGGCUCCCGGUGCCCCGGCGGGUGCCAGGUGCAGCCCGGCCCCCCGCUCCUCCUCUCCUCUCCGCCCCGUCCCAUCCCGGCCCGUCCUUCCUCCCCCGGGGAAGCGAAAGCGCGGCGGGCGGAAGCCGAGCCCUCCCCGCCGCGCCGCACCGGGCCCGCACCGGCGCCGCUCCGCGCCGGGGCCACCAUGGCUUCCUUCGGCAGCUUCAUCCGACGGAGCCUGCGGCGCUCCGGCCGCAGAGGAGGAAAAGAGGAGGCCUCUGCUGCAGAAAACAACCCCUCACGGGUGCCGCAGGGGAAACCAGGAGAGCGGAGCUCCGUCCUCUAUUCUGCUGGACAGUUUUUCUUCGAGUACCUGGUGGUGGUGUCACUGAAGAAGAUGCCAGAUGGACAUUACGAACCCAAGAUAACCUACCAGUUCCCAAAGCGCGAGAACUUGCUGAAGGGCCAGAAGGAGGAGGAGGAACGUCUCUUGAAAGCCAUCCCCCUCUUCUGCUUCCCCGACGGCAACAACUGGGCCCCCGUCACUGAGUUCCGCAGUGAAACCUUUUCUUUCGUCCUGACCAACGUGGACGGCAGCAGGAAGAUUGGCUACUGCAGACGGCUGCUGCCAUCCGGCCGUGGCGUCCGCCUCCCUGAGGUCUUCUGCAUCAUCAGCUGCCUGGGCUGCUUCGGGCUCUUCUCCAAGAUCCUGGAUGAGGUGGAGAAGAGGCGCCAGAUCUCCAUGGCGGUGAUUUAUCCCUUCAUGCAGGGCCUUCGGGAAUCGCCCUUCCCAGCUCCAGGGAAAACUGUCACCAUUAAAAGCUUCAUCCCCGAGUCAGGCACAGAGCUGAUCGAGCUCACGCGGCCCGUGGACGCUCACCUGGAGCAUGUGGAGUUUCAGGCUCUGCUCGAGCGGCUCAGCCCCCAGCUCAUCCUGCACAUCUUUGCCUCGGCUGUGUUGGAGCGACGGCUCAUUUUCCUGGCGGAGGGGCUGAGCGUCCUGUCGCAGUGCAUCCACGCAGUGGCUGCUCUCCUCUACCCCUUCACCUGGGCUCACACCUACAUCCCCGUGGUCCCCGAGUGCCUGCUCGACACCGUCUGCUGCCCCACGCCCUUCAUGGUUGGCAUCCAGAUGCGGCACCUGGAGCGGGUCCUGGACCAGCCGAUGGAGGAGGCUCUGAUAGUUGACCUCUGCGAAGGGAAGAUCCUCCGGGCGGUCGGCGAUGAGGAGGAGAUCUUGCCCGUCAAGCUGCAGAAUGAGAUGCUGACGUCUCUGAGCAGGCACAACAACAACAACAAUGUACACACAUCCGAGCAGGUGAACGCGCUCGUCUCCGAAGCCUUCGUGCAGUUCUUUGUCCGAAUGGUUGGCCACUAUGUCUCGCACAUCAAGUGGAGUAAAAACGGCUCAGGCACCUUCCAGGAGCGAGCCUUCUGCAAAGCCAUCACCUCCAAGACCAACCGCAAGUUUGUGAAGAAGUUUGUGAAGACGAACAUGUUUUCCCUAUUUAUUGAGGAAGCGGAAAAGAGCAGGAUCCCACAGGAAGCAUAUUUCCAGCAGAAAAUAAAGGAGUACCACGAUCAGAAGAAGCACCGAAGGGACUCCUGAAGUCCAGCCUGGGAACGUGGGAGCGGGGCUGGGACCGAGCAGGUCCCCGCCAGCAGCAGCUCGCUGCGCAGACUCGACGUGUGCCCUGUCCAAGGGCAGAGCGCGCUGGACUCCGCUGGAUCUGUCUGCUGGUUCCUACCCACCUGUGACUCAUGAGAUGCGUGGGCAGCACCGAACACCAGUUUCCACCCUUUCUUUUCUCCUCAGGGCAUCAUUGCACUGGAAAACUCUUUUGCACAGAGCUAGCAAGCAGGCCAUGAUUACCUUUGCGAUCUGGCUAGCAACAAGGACAAGCUGUAACUCUCAGUGCCUGGCCCUGAGCAGAGCCUCUGGCCGCAUCAGGGCCCCAUGCGGCGAGGGAGGGAAGGCAGGGAGCUGGCUGCAGGACAACAAAGGUUGUAGAGUAAUUGUUAGUGAAAAAAAAAAAGUAGGAAAUAGUGUUUUUUCUAAUUAAAACAAACCUAGGUUUUGCAAAUAAGUAACAUCCUACUGAAUAAGUUUCCGAGGUUUCUAUUAUUAACUGUUUCACUUUAUUUUCUACCAAGAUAUGCUGAUUGUUAAAUAGCGGCAGGAACUGUCGCGGUGGACUUCAGCGGUUUCCUCUAGAGCGGCUGUCUGCUUCGUCGGUACCACUUAGAGCCCAGUUUAGCUCUUUAAAGAAACAAAAAUAUUCUUUUCCAAUGGAUUAUUUAUUUGUGCUGUAAGCAAACUGUGAAGGCCACAGGGCUGUGUUUUGUGGUAGAGGGAAACGGCCAAGCAACAGCUUUGGGUAGGGAGGAAGUAUCUGUUAAAUCCAGUAGUAAAACAUGUCGACAUCCUCCUUG